ACGUGACAGCACUUUGGAUCGUAACGGGAAAUGCUACUCUUUGUUAAGUAAAGUGUUAGCUAACGCUAGCGAGUUAGCUGCUCGGACAACAGCUGCAGUUCGAGAGGAUGUCGCUUCACGGCAAAAGAAAAGAAAUCUACAAAUACGAGGCACCAUGGACGGUGUAUGCGAUGAACUGGAGCGUCCGCCCAGACAAACGCUUUAGGCUAGCUCUUGGGAGCUUUGUGGAGGAAUACAACAACAAGGUUCAGCUAGUGGGUCUGGAAGAGGAGAGUUCAGAGUUUGUCUGCAGGAACACAUUUGACCACCCAUACCCCACCACCAAGAUCAUGUGGAUCCCAGACACUAAAGGGGUGUACCCGGACCUGCUUGCCACCAGUGGGGACUACCUGCGCAUUUGGAGGGUCAGCGACACAGAAACACGUCUUGAAUGUUUGCUGAACAACAACAAGAACUCAGACUUCUGUGCUCCCCUCACAUCCUUUGACUGGAAUGAGGUUGAUCCCAAUCUGCUGGGUACAUCCAGCAUUGACACCACCUGCACUAUCUGGGGGUUGGAGACUGGUCAGGUGUUAGGACGCGUUAACCUGGUGUCUGGGCAUGUGAAGACCCAGCUGAUUGCUCAUGACAAAGAGGUGUAUGACAUCGCAUUCAGCCGUGCAGGAGGUGGUAGAGAUAUGUUUGCCUCUGUGGGAGCCGAUGGAUCCGUCCGUAUGUUUGACCUCCGGCACCUGGAGCACAGCACUAUCAUCUAUGAAGACCCCCAGCACCAUCCACUGCUCCGCCUCUGCUGGAACAAGCAGGACCCCAACUACUUGGCCACAAUGGCCAUGGACGGCAUGGAGGUGGUCAUCCUGGAUGUACGUGUGCCUUGCACUCCGGUGGCUCGGCUGAACAACCAUCGUGCAUGUGUCAACGGCAUCGCCUGGGCCCCUCACUCGUCAUGUCACAUCUGCACUGCAGCCGACGACCACCAGGCUCUGAUCUGGGACAUCCAGCAGAUGCCACGCGCCAUUGAGGAUCCCAUCCUGGCCUACACUGCUGAAGGGGAGAUCAACAACGUGCAGUGGGCCUCCACGCAGCCAGACUGGAUCGCCAUCUGCUACAACAACUGCCUGGAGAUCCUGCGUGUCUAAAGCCAAAGACACUUAGAUGAAGAGACGCUCCUUCUUAUUUCACAUUUGGAUUUAAUUAUUAGUCCUCGUCCUGCUGCUUUCAAGACAAGGAUGUGGUCACGAGUGAACUUUCUGAACACGUUUGGAGUAUCACACACACCCUGCUCCACAAUAACCUGGUUUACAUUUUCUCCUAAUCUUCUAUUAAACAUGUUUAAGCUCUUAUUUAUUUUGCUGACAAGGUAGUGUUCAGAAGCUUUGAGCAGUUGUCUAUGAAAAUCAGAUUUUGAUACUUCUUGUUGGGAUUUCAGCCAGCUGUGAGAUUAUCAUGAAGGGUUUAGAUGUGUGAUUCAUCUGUUUGAGUUUUAAAGGUUGAUACAAACUACUGUAGGUGGCAGAAGAUGACCUCUCUGAUGCAAUAUGUCGUAGCCUUCUUGUGGAUUCAUACCAUAUUAUUGGUGAUUCAAAGAUCAGUGUAUUAUGGUCUUGUUUACCCCUGUAUAAAUUUUAAAAUGGGUGUAUGUCCAGUAUCCUCCCUCCAAAUGAUCAAAGCUCAGAUCUGUGCAACUUUUAUAAAUUGUAGAAUAACCUGAGAGGGAUUCGUAUUGUCACCUCAGUGGUGUCAUCAUAUGGUUUGGCUGGUGACGCUGUGAGGCAGCCAUGUACAGCAACACUCAGAACCUACCAGAGCAAUGUCGUUCAGCCUUUUAACUCCCCACGUAUUCUCUUCUAUUUGUAGAAGAUUGAGCUUUGAAAGCUGCAUUUUCUUUCGUGUUUAGAGUGAGUUGUGAAUGGCAGGAGCGUGAAAGAACUUUCUCUCUCUUUUUUUGUUUUCAAUAAUUAAAGGGUCAUGUCCUUGUAGCAUGCAAUUACAAGGCAAAAACUGUACAGACAAAUAUAUCAACUCAAGAUGUUGGUAAGACGAGUGUUCAUGUUGUAGCUUUUUCAUAAAGUUUAUUAUUGAAUUUGCGCUAAUAAAUUGUAUUCCUUUAUGUCCUAGGAACAAA